GCUUAUAGCUUCCAUUGCCUGAAACAGCGAACGACAGGCAGUCGCGCUGUAGUUACGGACGGCAGGUCUAACCAUUGUUUUUAAGGAUUUUAAAGCAUUUUAAUCUCUUUUGUCUUACACGUUUAGCUAGCUGCUCACCAUGCCAUCCAGGACUUCCCUGUCUUUGCCGGAGGAUGUCAUGAAACGGCUGCAGGUGCUGGAUGAAGAUGGAGUUUCUGACGAGGAUCAUGUGAAAGAGAAGCUCAAGUUGGUGCAGGACUUCCUGCAUGUCGACGCUCAGGACCAGCUGACCAGCCUGGAAGAAAAGAUGAAAAGUUCAGAGAUGUCGAUGGAGGUCUACAUCUCUAAAGUGAAGGCCUUGCUGGGAAAAGAGCUUAAUCUUGAAAAUGGUGCACA